AUGAAGUCGUUGCGUUAUUUGAAAGGUGGAAACAAAAACUUGGGAAACAUUAUAUUAUAUAAGUCCCGUCGGACUCCUCAGUUCUCUCCUCACUCUCUACUCUCUCCUCUCAAUCCUCGCUUCAUCGCCGUCCUUUCCCCUUCCUCCCCGUUUCACGCAAGUUCCAGCCAAGGUAAAGCAGAAGGUAGGAUGAGUCAUUCAUCUGAUGAAGAGGCUGAGAUCAGCGACUCAGAGAUUGAUGAGUUUUCCGAAAUUCGGUACGAGCAAAUACAGAAGGGGAAUUACAAAGUUAAGGUGAAGGGAAGGCUGAGAUGCCCGUUUUGUCCAGGCAAGAAGAAGCAAGAUUACAAGUACAAGGAGCUGCUCGCACAUGCUUCUGGGGUUUCCAAACAGAAGGCUAAUCAUCUCGCCUUGGCAAAGUAUCUAGAGAUCGACCUUGCUGGUGAAGCAGGGCCUCUUCCGGUUCCUUGUGUGAACAAGCAGCCGGAAGCCAAACUUUAUGUCUGGCCAUGGAUGGGGAUCGUCAUGAAUCCCUUGAGAGAAGCUGAUGGCGACAAGGAAGCUCUACUUGAUUCAGGUUAUUGGUUGAAGAGGCUUUCUAGGUUCAAGCCUGUUGAGGUGAAUGCGUUUUGGGUCGAACAAGAUUCGGCUGUUGGGGUUGUUGCUAAGUUUCACAGCGACUGGAGAGGGUUUGGGAGUGCAACAGAGCUUGAGAAGGAAUUUGAGAACCGAGGCUGCAGCAAAAGGGAGUGGAUGGAGAAGAGAGGAGACUCAGAGGCAAAGGCGUUUGAAACAAAGAAGCUGCAGCAGAUUUCGCUUCAGAAUACCAAGAGGAUCCUGUUAGAAAAACAGAGGCUAAGCGAUGAACUAGAGCAUGAGAUUGCCGACCUGCAGGAUAAGUCCAAAGAGUUGGACAAGAGGUUAGCACUUACUGAAUUGGAGAGACAGAAGCUUGAUGAAGACAAGAAAAAGAGUGAUGCUAUGAGCAACUCCCUCCAGUUAGCCACCCGUGAACAGAAAAAGGCUGACCAGAGAGUGUUGAGACUUGUACAAGAGCAUAAGAGGCAAAAGGAAGAAGCUUUGGGCAAGAUCCUGCAGCUUGAGACGCAGCUAGACACCAAACAGAAGCUGGAAAUGGAGAUUCAAGAGCUAAAGGCAAAUUGCAAGUGA